AUGUCGACCAUGGAAUGUUUGAAGAACGAGUUUGUCGAGGGCCGCUUGCUGGAUGGUCGGUUCCGAACUGUGGCCCCCCUAAACCAUGGGUCCUUCGGCAUGGUGUUUCUGGCCACAGAUAUCACCACUGGCCAAGAUGUUGCGAUCAAAUGUCUGACCAAGCCGUCCUCUCCGGACUCAUGGGCUCCUCAGCCCGUUGACGAUCGCUUUGAAGAACUGGAAUGCCACCGCCGCCUGGGCUACCACCCGAACCUGGUCAACUUGAUUCACUCCUUCGAGACCGAUGCCCACAUCUACCUGGUCUUGGAGUACUGUGCCAAUGGUGAUCUCUAUGAGGCUAUCCGGCUCAAUCGGGGUCCUCUGGAGACUGAACAUGUUCGGGAUUUCAUGAUGCAGCUCCUCAGCGCAGUUGAGUUCAUGCACUCCAACGGCCUGUACCAUCGCGACAUCAAGCCGGAGAAUAUCUUCCUCACGCAAGAUAGCUCCAUGAAGCUUGGCGACUUGGGCCUUGUGGCUCAGGAACCCUGGUGCUACGAGGCCUCGGUUGGCAGCGAUCGUUACAUGGCCCCGGAGCAGUACGAACCGACUGCCACGGGCUACUCACCUGCCCAGGCGGACGUGUGGUCGGUGGGCAUCUGCCUGCUGAACAUUCUGUUUGCUCGGAAUCCGUUCGUCACGCCUACUGAGUCCGAUGUACUUUUCUCGGACUUUGUCCGUGAUCGUCAGUCACUCUUCGACAUUUUCCCCAACAUGUCUCAGGAUACCUAUGAGAUCCUGACUCAUGCGUUGGCCAUUGAUCCUGAGAAACGAUCGCUCUCCGGGGUGCGCGAGGGCAUUCUGCGCGCUGUCUCGUUUACCACCGACGACGAGUCGCUGGAUGAGUUCUGCACCGAAGAUCGUGAGGUGGUUCCUGCCAGUGCCAACCGCGAACCGCUUCGCACGCCGUCUAUCCAGAGCCCGCACAUCAACCAGGGCGACUCGUUCCCGUGGGCCAAGGCGCUGCUGUCGAGUCCGCCUCAGCCUAUUCGACAACUGUCUGCCAUUCCGGAUACCGAGAGCUACACCGAGGAUCUCUUCCCGCCAUCCGAAGUGGCGGGCACCUCGUGGUUCUCUGCCCAGCCUGACACCCCGUCAAUGGCCUCGGUUCUUGAUUCGGCCCUCAGCGACUCGUUGCGCUCGUUCAACCUGCGCAAGCCCGAGCCUCGUUUCCCUCCUCGGUCCGACCCAGUCCCGAUCACCGGCUCUCUGCCCAGUCAUGCCUCCAAGCCCUUGCCCUCACUGUCGAUGGUGUUCGGCAAGGGCUCCGCCGAGCAGAUUUCCAAGAGCUGGAGCGAUCUCUGGGAGGAAGAGGAGUCCGAGAACGAGGACCUGACACUGCACCAACGCCGUGAGCAGAACUCUCGCACCUGGAGCCAAGAGAGCCAGGGAGCUCGUCCCAAGACAGGAUUGCGCGAGCCGGACUCCGCUUCCCUUCUCAAUGAGCGCUCUCAGGCUCCUGACCCUCUCAAGACUGCACCUCUUGAGAUCCCGGCCAAGUCGCUGGAUGGUGACAGCGAUGCUGGCACCUCCAGCAGCACCCCCCGUCCUUGCCACCCGUCCUCGCCUCGCAAGGCGCCUAAUGCGGACAAGUGGGCAGAACUGGGCGACAAGCGUCGCAACUAUAAACCUCGCGAGUUCUUCGAUCCCAAGAGAGCCGCGGCCAGCACCUGGCGCCGCGACUGGGGCCUUGGCUCUUCCGGGUUCGACCAUGCACCCCGGGCCAAGCGAGAUUCGCCUCAGUCCGAUCGUCGCCGCCGCCUGUUCUUAGAGAAGGACUGGCGUCGCGAUGCUGCGGAAGUAUCGAAGCUGUCGCCCGUCAAGCCCUGCUCCUACGACGGCAGUGUGGACGAAGACCUCGACCUCGUCGGCGGGUGGCAUGAUCUCCACCUUUAA